UUUAGUGUUGAUAUUUCAUUGGGAUAGUUGGUCAUUUUUCCAUUCUUUCUAGCUGACUUAUGUAUGUCCUCAUUAUUUUUCUGGUUGUAUUCUUGUAUUGACUAUUGAGACAUGGAGAUAAAAGUUAUGUAGUGUAUAAUUUUUUUAUAUCUGCAGCGCUGGUGGUUUGUUUGGUAAAUGGGGAAUGGACAAUACUCUGUUGGUUCCCUGUUAAGUGUUACAUUUUCAAUGCGGUCAUGGAAAUGGAAUUAGAUGUUGCUGUUGUGAAGAGAGAUGACCUUGGAAAUGCUCAUGGUCUUAAUCUUGAUGAGUUCGAUGAUGGUUACUAAUCAUACAUGAAAGUUGUAACUUGUGUUGUGUGGUUGAACUUAUGCUAAUGCUAUUUGGUUUGUGAACUCAACUUAUGUAUGAACUUAUUCUAUAUUUGAAAUUCUAUGUCAAGUCUGAAAAGACGUUUCAACGUUCGUUUAAACGUUGAAAAGUUGGUUCAUAACUAUUAACUAAUUUACGAAAAAUAGCUACUAUUAGCUAUGGUGUUUGGAUGUUUCAGCUAAUUUUAGCCACUAACUAUUAGCUCUAGUGCAUUCAAAUACCCCCUAGAUCUGUUUAUCUGAUUACUGACCUAAUAACCCCAUGCUUCCUACUCCUAUUUACUAUUGUGACUUUUUACAAGAGGAGUUUGAAAGCACAUCCCAAUUUGUUUGUGCAGAUUGUUCAUUAGUGUUAUUGUUUAUAAAAUGGUCAAUAAAGAGUUGCUAUUAAUUGAGAAGAGAAUCUACUAAUGGAUGGGCCAUGAAAUUGCAUGGUUUUUAUUUGCCUGAAAAGAAUGGAGCCUUUCUUGUUGUUUUCUGAAUGAUAUAACUGGACACUGUAGUUGAAGGGCAAGCUUUGAAAAUGUCAUCCACUGUGCCGAAGUCAUCAAAUAUCUUCUGGCAUGAUUGCCUAGUUGGCAAGACUGAUCGCCAGAAGCUACUCAACCAGAAAGGCUGUGUUGUCUGGAUCACAGGCCUUAGUGGCUCAGGUAAAAGUACCUUGGCAUGUACAUUAGGCCGGGAGCUCCACACAAGAGGGAAGCUUGCAUAUGUUCUUGACGGUGAUAACUUAAGACAUGGUCUGAACAAGGAUCUUGGCUUUAAAGCUGAAGAUCGUGCUGAAAAUAUAAGGAGAGUUGGUGAAGUAGCAAAGUUAUUUUCAGACGCUGGCCUUGUAUGUAUUGCAAGUUUGAUAUCUCCAUAUAGGAGAGACCGUGAAUCUUGCCGUGCACUGUUGUCGGAUGGUAGCUUUAUUGAAGUUUUCUUGAAUAUGUCCUUGGAAUUAUGUGAAGCAAGGGACCCAAAGGGCCUCUAUAAGCUUGCUCGUGCUGGGAAAAUAAAGGGUUUUACAGGAAUAGAUGACCCUUAUGAAGCACCACUGAAUUGUGAGAUUGAGAUCAAGGAAAUAGAUGGUGUAUGCCCUUCGCCUUCUGACAUGGCGGGGCAAGUGGUUACUUACCUUGAGGAGAAAGGCUUCCUGCACGAGUAGGCUGACGCUGAAUCGAAGCUACAUCCGGGGAAGGUUUCAAUCAGACAAGCGCAGAAUAAGUCAAAAGCGCUGCCAGUUACCGUAUGGUUACAUAGAUUGAUCUGGAUGCCUAGUAUUUUUCUUUCCGCGCUUGCUCUACCACAAGUUCCAUUCAGUUUCAUUCAGAUGAGCCUAGAUGGUUCCUAAUUUCUUUGACCUCUGGAAUAGAUUACCUGUAAUGCAAUUCUGAUAACAGCUUGGGGCAGUAUCGAUUUGUCACGGGAAGGUACGCCUAAUGUUGAGAGAAACUGUAUUCUUGUGCUCCACUUUCUGCAGUGCCGACGUGUACCCUUUCCGUUUUACUAAAUUAUAAUUAGCUUCCCUUCA